CUACCUAGGUAAUAGUCGUUCAAUUAGCAAAGUGCGAAAAUGGCUAACCGCAGAAACUUGAAUUUUGUGUAUCUCCUCUUCAUUACCAUGACCUUAGUCUUGGGAGUGGUGGCCGAUGAUGAUUGCUGUGAAGUCGGUGACACCAAGCCCGACGAAAACGAUUGCACCCAAUACUACGGCUGUUGUACGGGAAAGUUCGUUCUUAAGUCCUGCCCAAGCGGUCAAUACUGGAAUAGGAAUACCAAACAAUGUGAAGACGACAAUGGCCAAUGCGUUACUGUAGCUCCCUGCACAUGUACAGAUGGAGAUCUCAAGGCAGAUGAUUCAGACUGUACCAAAUAUCUGGUCUGCAAAAAAGGACAAUACGUCUCCGCUUCCUGCAACUCUGGUGACUACUGGAACUCAGCUAGCAAACAGUGCGAGAAGGAUAAUGGUCAGUGCGUAACUCAGUCCCCAUGCACAAAUGGAGAUACCCAGGCAGAUGCUUCCGACUGUACCAAAUAUCUGGUCUGCAAGAACGGACAAUACGUCUCC